UGGAGUGCCUAGCUUAUCCUCUUCUGCAAAAUAAAUUUUGUCAGAAAGUACUUUUAGACUGCUACAGUAUUGAUUAUUAAUCACCAUGCCUAUUAUACAGGAACCAGUUAAUCUGAAGGCCUUAAUGGAAGGUGGGUAUGAAUUUACAGUCAAUAAUGAUGAAACUGUAGAAGUAGAUCUUGAAGAGGAACGUGAAUAUAAGAACAAUUUGUUAAAAUUUAUGAACAUGCAAGUAACAGGAGAUUUUCAGGAUGAGGAUUCAUAUGUUCAAGGUCAGCCAUUUGAAGUCAUAUCCUCUAAAAUGAAGAAUCUUACCAAUGAUGGGACAGUUAAAAAGAAAGUGAUUCGGGAAGGAUAUGGAGCGAAACCACAGGAUUCGGAAAUGGUUCGUGUGCAGUAUAAUGCCUACAUAGAAUACAAUGCAGAACCUUUUGAUUCUACUUAUGCCAGAAAUAGACCUCAUCAGUUUCUUAUAAACUGUGGUGAAGUCAUUAUUGGAUUAGACAUAGCUGUGCAAAGUAUGCAAGUUAAUGAAAAAUCACAAUUUUUGAUCCAACCAAAGUUUGCUUAUGGUGCCCUUGGUUGUCUUCAAAGAGUCCCACCAGAGACUGAGGUUUUAUUUGAAAUAGAACUGUUAGAAAUUGUAAAUAUAGGUGCUGCAAAAAGAUUUGAAUCAUUACCACAAGAAGAACAAAAUAAUUUCACUUUUGUUUAUGAAUAUUGCUUGGCAUUAUGUGCUAAAGGUAAAGACCUAUAUUCAAGAAACAUUAAAGGUGCUAUAAGGGAGUACAACAUGGCUGUCUCAAAAUUAGAAAUGUGUCAAUUAGACACUUAUGAAGACCAAGUCAAACAACAGGAGUUAUUGUUAAAGUUAUACUCUAAUUUACUAGUUGCUUGCACUAAAACAGAAGAUUAUAAAAAAGCGUGCAUUAAUUUUAACAGAAUUAAUGAAUUGGUAAAAGGAACUGAUCUAAAAAUUUCAGCAAAAAUGUACUACAAUAGUGCUAAAUGCUUAAGAAUGUUGGGAGAUUAUCAUUUAUCCAAGAAAAGAUUAAAUGAAGCACUGAAAUUAGAACCCAAAAAUAAAGAAAUUUUACAGGAACUAGUUGAGUUGGAAAAUUCGUUUAAACAAUAUAAAGAAAAAGAAUCUCAAGUUGCCAAAGCUUUUAUAUCUGGUGCUAAAGUAUAAAAGCUAAAAUUUUUGAAUUUUUGAUGAAUAUUAUAUAUUCAAACUUUUUUUUUUGUUUUUAAAAUAUU